AUGUUCGAAGCAAAAUUAGGUUGUGCUUCAACGUUGAAGCGAAUUGUCGAUGCUAUUAAGGAUCUCGUAACUGAUGCUCCAUUUGACUGCAGUGAAACUGCUAUGUGUUUACAGGCGAUGGAUUCAUCACAUGUCGCUCUGGUUUCCUUGAAAAUGGACGUUGCAAUGUUUGAAUGCUAUCGCUGCGACCGAACGAUUAACCUUGGACUUAGCUUAGCUGGUAUGGCCAGAGCUUUGAAAUGCGCUAAUAAUGAUGAUACUUGUCUUAUUCGAUACGAAGAAAAUGACGAUUCAGUGCUGUUUCUUUUUGAAGAUACGAAACGGGAUAAAAGUCAGGAAGUGGUAGUGAAAAUGAUGGAUAUUGAUAGUGAGCAUUUGGGCAUUCCAGAACAGGACUAUUCUGCUGUUGUUUCAAUGCCGGCUGCUGAAUUUCAAAAAACGUGUCGAGACUUGGCAAUGUUUUCGGAUUCUUUGAUGAUAGCGGUCACUAAAGCUGGUGUGGUUUUCACCGGAAAAGGAGAUGCCGGUUCGUCGACCGUUACGUAUGCUCCUUCGAAGGAUGCUGACGACGAUGAUCAAAAUGCAGUGUCCAUAGAUGUUCAGGAACCAGUCAGCGUCAAUUUCUCCAUCAAGUACAUGAAUCAUUUCACUAAAGCUACGGCACUUUCAGAAAGAGUUCGCCUUUCUUUAUGCAAUAAUGUUCCUGUUGUUGUGGAAUAUGGUCUUAGUGAGAAUGGACAUUUACGUUUCUAUUUGGCACCGAAAAUAGAAGAUGACGAUGCAGAAAUGAAAUAA